AUGUCAAUUAGUAGUAAUACAAACGACCAAGCUAAUUUUACUCGAGCUGUUGAAGAAGCAUUUUUUAUACUUGAUCGUGAUCAAGAUCGAUCUAUUGAUACAAGUGACCUUUGUGCUAUGGCUAAAACUGUUGGUAUAAACUUAAAUUCUGAUGAAGCAUUAUCACUUCUCCGUACAGCUCUGCAUGAACAAACAGAUAAUCCAAUAUAUGAAGCAAAAUUAACAGUCGAUCAGUAUUCAACAUUAAUGCUCCGUCAUGUUGGUUCAUCAGAAUUAAAUGAUGAAUUACGUCGAACAUUUGAUGCUUUAGAUGGAGAUCAUGAUGGAAAAAUAUCUCGACAAGAUAUGGAUCGACUUCGUAAUGAACAUAAGUUUUUUGAUAGACUUGAUGAUGAACAAUAUGAAUUAGUUAUUGAAGAAUUAUUGAUUAAUGGAAGUCAUGGAAUGGAUUUUGAUCAAUUUGUCCAUUUGAUGAUGCAAUCAUAG